UUCUGUUUCAGUUGAGUGUUGGAAUUGGAAGUGAUCGGAACGGACUAAAUUCGCUAGCCUGGUUGUCUUGAAAGGGAGGUUGGAUGAUAAUUUUACUGUGGUGAGUGGGUGGUAACAUAGCUAAACACUUAAAACAUAAAUGAUUGCAACUGGAGGUAUGCUGUAAUGCUGUUAUGUGAACUCACGUGUUUUCAAACACUGCAUGUGUUUUCAAUGGGUGGGAUGAUGGAUUUUAGAUAAAUGAUUUGGAAUAUGUGGGAACAACUCCGCAGAGAAUUUAUCUGUAACAGAUGUGUUUAGCAUGAGAACAGAAUUCAAUGGCGAAUAGUAGAAACAAAGCAUAGAAGAAGUGUGAAAAAGAAGUCAAUUGAUAGUGCGUGAUUACAAAAUUUAUGAGCCCAACGUCUGUACCAGGCAUCGCGAAUUCCAUACGGUAUCAAAAAGUAAAAUUUAUGAUAAAUGUUUUGCGUUUAGAAGCAUGGUAUUUCGAUACUGGUGAGUUGGUGUAAUUUUUUUUGAAUGCGGGGCUGCACUGGAGAACACAAUGAAGUGAUCGUUUAGUUUUUUGUGCUAGAAAAGACGUGCUAAAACUUAUCGUGGCUGGUUUUUUGAAUUAUUAGUGCUUGUAACAUAAAGAAAAAAGGAUCAUUGUGAUUUACUGAUGGAGAUUUAAAAGUACCAUAUUGUGUCAGGCUGGAAAUAACUGUGCUUGUUGUUCAUCAUCAAAUUCCGACCACGGCCAUAGCAUGUCCACGCGUGUCGGUCAUUUCUACUAAUGGAGCAUCUGCUGCACUAUGAAAAGCCAAUAAGUACAAUUUCGCAGAAAAUUUCGCCACUGAUUUCACACCGACAAUGGCUCCAACUAGCAAAUCCAACACUUCGGCUGGCGAAAACCCGUCAUCAACAAAAGUGACCAAAAAUGCUGACUCGCGUAGAUCGUCGACAUCGUCCGCGUCCAGUUGCGGGAAAAGGAAGUCCAGGAAGUGCAAACAAUCAAUGCAGCAAGCAGAUAUCGAAACACAAGCCGCCACCUUUUCGAGCUCGGCCGAGCGCAUCCUCAUCGGUAAUUACAAUAAUGAUUCCAAAAGCACUGCCAGCACAACUAAGUCCGAAGCGCAGGAAUCGUUGGAGUUACGCAGGGCGCUCCGGAAUGUGAAUUUUAUGCUGAUCGCACUGGUGUGUUGCAUUGGAGGGCUCUCGAUAUUCGGGCUGCAUUAUAUCAAUGCCCGAUUGAAUCAUCCGCGCCUAUUGGCCACUCGUGCGGAAGUGGAAGAAAUGGUGGAAAACUAUUUGAGAAAUAAUAUCAAUAAAUUUAGUGAGGAUUUAAUAGCCCAUGUGCGAACGUCAGCAGAGUUCAGAUUCAGUAUGCCUUAUCAAACGGACAAUCAGAAAGUACAAAAUGAACGCAAAUCCACUGGCCAACACGAGUCCCGAUUCAAGCGAGAUCUCAACUUAUUCGACGACAGUCUUGUGCCGGAUCAAGACGGACCCAACGUCGAGUUUUUCAACCCGAAAUUGCGCACCGAGCUGGAAAAGAAGGACGCCGAGAUUAUCAGGAAAACCGGUCAGAAAGGAGCAGCACCGGGAGGCGAUACUUGGGUCUGGCUAACGAGUUACUCUCGCAUUCCGUAUGACGCGAUCACCGGUUUCUGCCGUGCGACGAAGGAAUACUGCCCUCCGGGACCACCUGGUCUUCCUGGUAUACCUGGUCCGAAAGGCAACCGAGGUGAUGUUGGCAUUCCUGGCCCAGCUGGCAUCGAUGGGCGCGAAGGUAAACCGGGUCCACGUGGCCCCAAGGGUGAAAUCGGAUACCCAGGAAACCCAGGGUUAGACGGAAGAGAUGGAGUGCCGGGAGAACCGGGAUUAGAUGGUGUGCCUGGGAGAGCAGGGGCAGAUGGUAUUCCCGGACGUGAUGGAAAAGAUGGCACGCCUGGAAUCAACGGUCAAAACGGGAUAGACGGAAAGAAUGGCACACCUGGACCGAUGGGACCAGUCGGACCACCAGGCGAACCAGGGCCAAGAGGUCUGCACGGACCACGAGGUAAGCCAGGACGACCCGGCAUCAACGGCACUCCCGGAACACCCGGAAUUAAUGCGUGGAAGAUUAAGGUCAACGAUACGUUCUCCAACGAGCUUCUCGUGCCACCAACGAUAGCCGGCUCUGGCACACCGGAAGCACUUCGUCCCAUCGUGGUUCAGGAGGGCACUCACCUUCGAUUACGUUGUGCUGCCACUGGAACGCCUAAACCACACGUCGAAUGGCGCCGAGAGGAUGGAAAAACAAUCUCCAAUGGUGCAUGGCAAGCUUCGUCGAUGGCUGGCCAUACUCUCAACAUUACCAAAAUCAAUCGAGUGCACAUGGGAGCUUAUCAGUGCCUGGCAGACAACGGAAUUCCACCACCAGCGAACCAGACGUUCAACAUCGAAAUUCAAUUCCCUCCGCUGAUAAGAGUUCGAAACCAAAUGGUUUACACUGCUCUGGGCUCAACUGCAACUUUGGAGUGUGAGGUGGAAGCAUUCCCGGAAGCAUUAAAGUACUGGGAGCGUGAACCAGGAGGUCGUCUGUUAGAACCAGGAGACAAAUUCCAGAUGGAAACACACAACGACGGCUAUAAAUCAAUAAUGCGGUUAAAUAUCACCAACGUUCAACCUGCUGACAUCGGUGCGUACCACUGUAUUGCCAAGAACGAGCUAGCAAUAACUCAAGCGGAGUUCCAUCUCUUGGAAAAUACACCAUACAAUACGAUGAUGCAACGACCUGGCGGAAUGGGCGAUACGCAGGAAUAUGGCAGGCCGCCACCUAAAGUCGAGUCGUACGAGGACAUUUGUGGGCCACCGACAACAUGCCCUGAAUGUCCUGAUCCCAGGGAUAUCAAGUGUAAGGACGCCAUUGUUUCGCUGUAUGAUUUAGUAGGCAACUUGGAGAUUAAGCAGACUGGGAAUGUGAGCUAUCCGGGCUUACCAAACAGAACAACAGAUUGUGUGCUCUACGCGGUUGGAAAGCCCGUGUAUCACAAAUACACCGACCAAAACUACGGUGCAUGGUUGAAGGAUGCUGCUCCGAGGAAUGAUGCGGUUGAGAAGAAAAUAUGGGCAACGCGAGACAACGACACGAUGCGCCUGUAUGAAUUUGCCAACAAAACAACAUACCGAAACAAUGUGUCCACCAAGACGUAUCGACUAGACAAGCCAUUCCGGGGCAAUGCUCACGUGGUGUUCAACGGGUCAUUCUACUACAACGAGCGGAACUCUCCACGAAUCAUCAAAUAUGACCUCAACCUGGAACGACAGACCGCGGUCAAGGAGAUAGAGGGUGUCGCGACGAAUGGUUCCAAUUUUCUCUACAGCACCGAGUAUAACUACAUGGAUUUCAACGUGGACGAUAACGGCCUGUGGGUCAUCUACUCUACGCCUGACUCCAACAAUACCAUCGUUGCCAAGCUCAACGAGUUCAAUCUGGAUAUAGAUUUCAGCUGGAACAUCAGCGUGAACCACCACAAGGUAGGUGAGAUGUUCAUCGUUUGUGGUGUGCUCUAUGCGAUUGAUUCCGUUACUGAACGUAACACGAAAAUCAGACUGGCACUGGAUUUGUACCACAGUAAAUUGCUAGAUGUGAGUCUCACCUUUACCAAUCCGUUCCGAAAAACCACUACAGUGGGCUACAAUCCUAAAAACAAGGAGCUGUAUACUUGGGAUCGGGGGAAUCAGUUGACGUAUCCGAUUCGAUAUCACGUCAAUGAUUAUAACACUACGGUCGCAGACAAAGCAGAGGAUGCUCUGAAUCCGCAAAUGCAAACGGGUUACGAGAUUUUUCACGAUCAUGAUAAUGGUAACGAUGCUGGCCGUUAGAAAUUGGGCGAUUAUGCUGUAGUGCGUGAAUGUGUGAAUAAGAGAGACGAGAUGCUCGCAGGAGUGAUACUACUUAGAAAGCAUCCUCAUAUUUAUUUGUGUACAGAAAAUGCUUCCCCGAAAAAAAAAUGAUGACUAUCAUCGAUGAGGGACACGCCUGACUAACAAUUCUUUUUCGUUUCCUUCGUGAUGCAGAGCAAACUAAAUGCCAAUGAAUGUUAUAGUAGCAAUGUGAAAAUCAACUAUUUUAUAAUGACAUAUACUCGACGAAUUUUUCAACAUAAUUCUA